AUGAGCAACCUCAAAGGCAAAGUCAUUGCCAUCACGGGUGCAGCAUCAGGCAUCGGCCUGGCUACAGCGAAGCACCUCGCCAACCUCGGCGUGCGGGUAUCGAUAUCAGACGUCGACGAGCCCCUCCUCGCCACAGCCGCGGCGGAUCUCAUCCAGCUCCACGGGGCUGAAAACGUUUACUCGCGAGUUGUGGACGUGAGGGACCGUAAAGCGGUGGAGGCGUGGAUCGCGGAGACGGUGGAGAGGCUCGGACCUUUGGACGGGGCGGCCAACGUCGCUGGCGUGCUUGGGCGGCAGGGCAAUACGGCGACAGUGACGCAGAUUGAGGAUGAUGAAUGGGAUUUCGUAAUGGGCGUGAAUGCGAGGGGGAUCUUGAAUGCCAUGAGAGCUGAGAUUCCUGCGUUGGCGGAGGAGGGCAAGGGGAAGAGUAUUGUUAAUGUGUCGAGCGUGGCGGGGCAUUAUGGGUUGGAGUAUCAUGGGGCGUAUACGGCCAGUAAGCAUGCUGUCGUCGGCUUGACCAAGAGUGCGGCGAGGGAGUUUGGGAGGAAGGGGUUGAGGAUCAAUGCUAUUUGCCCCGGUGCAAUUGAUACGCCCAUCUUACGGACGGCGCUGGCGGCCAAGACCACGGAGACCGGGGCGGAUGUGUUUGAGCCACUUUUGGGGAGGGUUGGACAGCCUGAAGAGGUGGCAACGACGAUUGCUUUCUUGUUGGGGGAUGAGUCCUCGUAUGUCACAGGGCAGGCUUGGCUGGUUGAUGGAGGUUCAAUUCCUUGA